GGGAUAGUGGCGGACUUGAAGCUGGCCUCUGUCUGGGCUGAGUCCUGGGGAAUUGGACGGAGAUCUGGAAGGUGGCAGAGCGCGGUGGCUAACUGAGGGGCUACCUGGUCCUCUAGGAGGGCGGGGAAGGAUCCGAUGGUGGCACUUACUCUGCAGGAAACGGACUCAAUGUGGCGCUGGAGGGAAGUGGUUUUGGUUCCGUACGUGGUUGAGGGUCACCUUUCGCCCUGUGCCGGGGUCGGAAAAGUAUUGAUGUCUCCUAGAGCCGAGCAGCUCUUAGUGCACUGGACUCGGCGGCCUACGAGACCAACGGGAUCAGGAAAACUUAUAGGUGUAGCAACUGCUAUGUGACCAGAGGGAGCCCAGGCGCCACGGACAGUCGAGACACGCCACCAAGCAUUCCAGGACGAAUGGCAAAGUGACUGAAACUCAGUGAGAAAGACGUUAAGACUGCAAAGUCUUAAGGGGAAAGCCGACUUCCUUGAGUGCUCCCACUCUUGGCUGUCACGCCCGCGCGGAACUGACAUGGCGCCCUCUUGGCCGGAGCUUCCGGGCGGGUCCUUCCGACGGCCCCCUCGGUGAUUCCACCACUCAGCUUCCUUCCCGGCCUGCCUCGCGCCGGCCCGCCGGGCUGGGCCAGAGCAGCCAAGAUGGCCGACUUCGAGGAUCGGGUGUCGGAUGAGGAGAAGGUACGCAUAGCCGCUAAAUUCAUCACCCAUGCACCCCCAGGGGAGUUUAAUGAAGUAUUCAAUGAUGUCCGGCUACUGCUUAAUAAUGACAAUCUUCUCAGGGAAGGGGCAGCACAUGCAUUUGCCCAGUAUAACAUGGAUCAGUUCACACCUGUGAAGAUAGAAGGCUACGAAGACCAGGUGUUAAUUACAGAGCAUGGUGACCUUGGUAACAGCAGAUUUUUAGAUCCAAGAAACAAAAUUUCCUUUAAGUUUGAUCAUUUACGGAAAGAAGCAAGUGACCCGCAGCCAGAGGAUGUGGAUGGAGGCUUGAAGUCUUGGAGGGAAUCGUGUGACAGUGCUCUAAGAGCCUAUGUGAAAGAUCAUUAUUCCAACGGCUUCUGUACUGUUUAUGCUAAAACUAUAGAUGGGCAACAGACCAUUAUUGCAUGCAUUGAAAGCCACCAGUUUCAACCCAAAAACUUCUGGAAUGGUCGCUGGAGAUCAGAGUGGAAGUUCACCGUCACACCACCUACAGCCCAGGUGGUUGGAGUGCUCAAGAUUCAGGUUCAUUAUUAUGAAGAUGGCAAUGUUCAGUUGGUUAGUCAUAAAGAUGUGCAGGACUCAGUAACUGUUUCUAAUGAAGUCCAAACUGCCAAGGAGUUUAUUAAAAUCAUAGAGAGUGCAGAAAAUGAAUAUCAGACAGCAAUUAGUGAAAAUUAUCAAACUAUGUCAGACACCACGUUCAAGGCCUUGCGCCGGCAGCUUCCAGUUACCCGCACCAAAAUCGACUGGAACAAGAUACUCAGUUACAAGAUUGGCAAAGAAAUGCAGAAUGCUUAAAGGCCAUCUGUAGGAGUCUCCAGUACAUGGAAAGAAAAGGAUUCAACACCGGUGUGGUCAUAUGAUAAAUAACGUGAUUUAUAAACAAACAAGAGUGAUAUUUUGCUAGUUAACAAAGUUAACAGAUCUUCUAGCCUCAUGGAAUACUGUUGAACCUACAGCACUGUCUUGAUUCUUUCGUGUGUGUGUGUGUGUGUGUGUGUGUGUGUGUGUGUGUGUGUGUGUGUUCUCUGCUUUGUAAUUUUCUGUUAUCACUAUAUCUACUUGUAAAUCUUUUUUUUUUAAUUCUGCUACAUUUAAUGUCAAAGAGAUAUAUCCUGAAGUCAUUUUACUGUUUAGAAACUUUCCUAGCCAUGAAGUCCUAUGACUGGUUUUUACAGAGUAUCUAUCUGUUGAGUACUUUUUACCCCUAUGCUUUCAAGCACGUCCAGUACUUUGGUGGCUUUUAGUGAUCCACCAAUUGCUAAAGAGGCUAUGCUACCAAGAGCUAAGUUGACAAUACACUCCUUCUCUGUCUGAUUGCUUGAUCAUUUAUAGCAUCUCACAAUUGUAGCUUUCAGAUUUGGAUUGGGGCUUUUGGGGUCCAUGUUGGGAGGCAAAGGAAGUUUCCUGGAAAUUCCAUGGCAGCAGCUUCUCUGGGGAUUUGUUUUUAAAUCCAAAGACUUGAACCACAUCCCCUGCACAUGAAUGUUUGCUUAUUUUCAUUUUCUCAUUGUCUCCUCCCAUCUAGUUCUCUUGUAACCAUGGAUGUCUGUAGGAAGAACAGCUUAGAAAAAAGCAUUGAGAAACCAGGGUUGUCAAUCACAUAGGUCUGUUUUCUUCAGUGGAAAGAAGUAAAUGAUGCGUGAUCACUAGAAAGCUGGAGUGGUGUGGUCACACAAUCUGGUGAACCUCUGCUCUUCUGUUAAAAACCAGCCUCCACCUUAAUCUCUCCUACCCCACUCCAAUAGUCUGAGCAUUGUUUAGGCCCUAAUGCUGGCCUUUGUCUCUCAGUGAAUAAAACUUAUGCCUGUUGCAUAUCCUUCCUCUCUAGGCCCUAGCCCUAAGUUCUGUUUGUCAGUAGAGUUCAUUUUUAUUGUAAAGGUCACAGGUGCUUUACUACUUUGCAGGGGAGUUAGAUGUAGCCAGCCCUGAAGCUUUGCUAUAAGAAUUGUCACAAAUAGACUCCCCCCCUCCCCCCAAGUUCUACUAUGUUUAAAUGUGUGG